GCCUGACGUCAGAGAUCAAUAGCCAAUCCCUACGCAGAGCGCCAAGUUUCUCUCACAGCGUCAGAAAACAUGGCGGAGACGGACGCAGAAAUUAUAUUUAAGAAGGACACCGUACACAAACUCUUAUCAAGUUUCUUUAAGGAGGAUAAAACCAAACUAAGUGGUGAUGCUGUGCUGCUCAUGGCAGAGAUGCUAAAAAUAUUUGUCCAAGAAGCGGCUGUAAGAUCACAGAAACAGGCUGAAUCUGAGGACUGUGACCAAGUAGACAUCGAGCACUUUGAAAAGAUUCUACCUCAGCUGCUGCUGGACUUCUAGCACACUGAUGCCACAAGAUGGAGCCAGAGUGCUACAUGCAUGUUCCUACUUCAACCCCACAACUUCAGUUUCAACAACAACUACAUGUUUAGUUUUUACUGAUGUUUAUAUUUUCUGUAUAUAAUUUCAUAAUCACUCAAAUCUGAGAUUACAUUAAGAUUCUCCCUAUGUAUUUAUUUGAGUUGUGUGAUUUUUAAGUAGAAAGAAGCCUCCAUGCCACCACCAAUAAGGCCCACCUGUGCUCCUCUGUGCAACAACAGGUGCUUCCAGCAUGCUCCAUGGCGCCCUUCAUCAAAGCCUCCUGGAGCAGUUGGAAGCAAUUAGAGUAAUAAGGGGAGCAGCCAGUCCCUUAGAUGAUGACAAGUGCCAGGAAAAAAAGAAGUACCCCCUCCGGCCACUUUGAAGUUCCCUUUUGCUGUCCUGCGAUGUUUAGUUAGAGGUGGGGGGAAGGGCAAAGGGGACCUCUUGCACAGGGGGAAAGUUGAAUGGGAGUGUGUGUGCACGAAUGUGUGCAUGUGUUAGCCAAACAUGGCCAGAGACCACACGCAUAGAUACUCUGUUUGAAAGGAAACAUAACAAAACACAUUGGAACAUGGUCCAAGAAGAGCAGGGUGUAAUUCUGAAGGUAAAUAAACAAAAGAGGCGAGUAGUAGAGGUGCUUUCUCUCCUUUCAUCACAGCAGAGGGGGAAGUUGGGACUGCGAGAGAGUGGGUAAUGUGGGGUUUUCUAACCCAAGUGCCUCUGAUGGUUUUCCACCAGUGGUGUAUUUGACCAACGUGACUUUACUAUGAGUCAGCAUAGCUGUACAACACCUCACACAAUUUAUUUGUGUGGCUCUUGGGUGACUCACUGCGCUUACAAAUGCUGCUCAAAUACAGCUGGAAACAACUUGGGGUAAAGUCAAGAGUCCAGUCUCUGAUAGGUGCUCAAGGACACAGCACCUGGAAUUUGACCUAGCACCUUUUUAGUAGGGCCUAGACUGGAUUUGUGUUUCCCAGGAGAAACUUCCAACAGCAGGCCUGCAGGAGAAGGUGUGUUUGGUUAAGUGAUGUUUAGUUUAAUGAUGCCAUGAGGACCAAUAGAGCAUUAAAUUAUUUUAUGUCACGUAAAUAAUUUGUUGGGUUAAUAAUUACUGACAUUAAUAGCAGCAAGUCUUGCCCUCUGGUUUUGAGAAGUACUGUACACUGCAGAACCACCACUUUGAAUACCUGCUCAUUCAGAUGAAAAGCUGCAAGCAACAUUCAACAGACUCCUUUUUCAUGAUCCUGUUAAAAAAGUGUUAUACAUCCUCAAUAUUUACACAUGACUGUGAUAUAAACAUUGUAAAAGGUUUACUUGAAGUGAAAUGGUUCUUUCCCAACUGUCAAUUCUUGCAAAUGUAAUAAAAAACAAUUAUUCUCUUGAA